AAACCAACAAACUGAACUGAACUAACAUCAAUGUGCCUGAAGUAGCCCAAAGUUACGGGAAAAUGUUGAAACUGUAGUUGUAUCUGUUUGAAUAUACCUUAUGGCGUAACUUGUUGGAAAUCCAAGCUGAUAACAGCAAAGUGAAGAUAAAGUGAACAGCAGAACCAGCAGUGUAUCUCCUUAACCAAAGAGUCUUAAGGAUUGAGAAAUAAACAGAAGAACGAUAGAAAGAAUUUACAUAAUGGCAGCAGCAAUGAGUGAAGUACCAUCAUUGAAAUCUGAACAGGACUUUAGGAAGACAUCAGUGAAGGAAACAAUGGAAAAAUUAGGUCAACCAGUGCUUGAUCCAUUCAAAAACAAGCAAGAGCUGACAUUGACGAAGAAAUCAGGCUCAAUGCCUCUUAAUUCACUACUACGCUUCAGUCUUGGUACCGAAAGGCCACAGUCAAAUAGCAGUACACGCUUUGGAAUGCUGAGCCAUCACUCCUUUUUCUCAAGGCAUAAUCCUCACCCUCAUCGAGUAACACAUAUCAAUGGACUCAAUGGGAUGCCUGUUUGCACAGUAAAUGAUGAUUGGCAUGUCAACACUCCGCUUUCACCACAUCCAUUGAUAAAGAGCCAAUUUCCAACCACAGUCCUGGGAAGGCUUGGAUUGCCUAUCAGUAUUUUCCAAUGUAAUGCCUUCGGUGAUGGAAGCAUCCCAAAGCCUACCAUAGUACCGUUGUCUGAAGCUUGGCGGGAAGAACUGAGAGAAUUUACCUCUAAGGCCUGCUUCCUUACGCCUGAACAGUCUGAACAAAAGAAGACAGAAGAAAGGAGAAUGACUCAAUACUCUGCACAGACUGGUCGGAUAAUCCCAAACUGUACUCCUGCUCUGAGUCACCGAUCCUCCAGAACUGGAGUCCAGGAGAGAAAUAAACACAAUGGACCCUUCCAGGACCAAGAGUUACUGGUACUGGAAUUACUUUGCCAACUUCUACAAACAGACUCAUUCUCUGCCAUCCAGCAAUGGUUGCUUUGUGCAGGGCAAAGAGAGAAAGAUUUUGUACUGGGAAUGGUGCAGUCGGUCAUAGGAAGUAGCUACCCUGAUUACCAGCAAUAUGCUGAAAGUACAGAGGAUCGACUGAAACCCCAAAUGGAUCACAUUCCUUCAGCCUCGGUUUCAAGAAGGUCAACCUCUACUAGGAAAAGACACAAGAGGUAUUAUCUCAAAAAGAAGCCUGAAAAUAUUGAAGAAGACCAACCAGAUCGCAUUGGAAGUGCAGAAGUUCUUCUGAUUCAUAGAAGCAAGUCUCCAGUGACAAAAAGUAACGAAACACUGGAAGUCUCAGAACAAUGCAAGGAUCCCGAGUCUAAAUGAACCUAUCCAGGAUGAGUAAAGCAUUGAUUUGUCUUAAUGACUGAAGUCUGAAUAGAAACACAUUGAAAAUGUAAUAAGAUUUUGAUUAUAUUACUAACAUUUUCAAAGAGGCAGGUGAAAGUUUUCAGUUAAAUUUAGCAGAUUUCAUUCCAUUAAAGGCUUUCAGGCUAUUAAUGUUAAAGCACAAAUAACCAAUUGUCUCCAGUGUUUCAAUGACAGGUAUUGCAAAUCAAACUGCAGUUAUGCAAAAUAUACAUUUGGUUACCAGACAUUCGAGUUAAGAUUAAUGGUCAUAGACCCUAUUUGAUUUAUACAAGUGUCCAGGAAAUUGACCUCCAUCAGUGUCUGUGAAUUUAAGGCAACCAAUAUAUUCCCCAAAAUAAAAAUAGAUAAGUUGAAAUAUUGACUUUCAUUGAACAAAAUCCCACAAUUCAUUCCUUUUCUGAAUUAAUUGUUUGCGAUACAAGUAACAUAAGGAUUGAUUUGUGUUCAAUGACAAUUUGACUAGAAUUGCUAUUUGUCAGACAUUAAGAAAUUUAUAUUAUUGUUCACAAAUUGGAUAUCACUUUUCCCUUUCAUGAAAGUGCAAGUGUUUCAGUAAAGGACUUUAGGAUAUACUGAGGUUGAGAAGAAAAAAGCAAAUAUAAAUGCAUAUUUUUUCCUUCAUGAAGAUUGUCCUUUACCUACUGUAUUAAAAUGUAAUUUUUCUAUUCCCUAAUUAAUGCAUUUUGAUCAUGGUUAUAUUUGUAAUUCUGUAAUCAAUAUGUCAAUAUGUUCCUAGAUGUUAAUGAAUAUUUGUAAAACAUUGUAUGAUUGCAUUGUGUGUACUUCAAACAAAAUGUUUUGAAUUUAUGGCUUCUAAAAUGAUGAAAAAAUAGCAUUCUAGUAGUGCAAAGGGAUUGCACACAGCCUAUCACAACAGAGGUUGAAUUUGGCACUAGUAGAUGAAAUGAGCACAUUGAGAAAAAGUAAAUUUCCUUCCUCCUAUAGGGUGAAAGCACAUCAUUCAAAGCUAACCAAAAGUUAGCAAAAUUGGCAGUUUUCCUCAGAUGUCUAUUGUAGACAAUGAAAAUGAAACCACAUCGAUGGCAUAAGAAUUAUUCUUCUUAAGUUGAGACAAGGUGCAUUGCUAGGACAGAGAGAAUACCAUACCUUCUUCUUCAGCAGUCAUUUGGGAUAAAGGCUAAUUUGCUUCAACUCCAGUUUAGUGAGUUCUUAAGUGGUUAAAGAGGCCAUUGUUGGAACUCCGAACUCUUUCAUAGAUUGGGCAAGAGGUAGCUGAUGGGGCAGGCAGGUGGGUAAAUUGAGAGGUGUGGUGCUCCUUCCACCACUUGUGCAUGGCUUCUGUGCUCCCAAUGCAAGGCAUCAAAGCUGCCAAUGCCAUCCCAAUGUUCCUUUUCCAAUUUAAGCAUCAUGGGCCAAGGAUUCCCAGGAUUCAAUAGGAUGUUGUACUUCAAGGAAGUUUUGAGCAUAUCUUCAAUUUUUCCCUCUGUCGCUUUGUAACCUCUUCCCAUGAUAGAGCUCAGAUUGGAUUAUCUGUUUUGGGAGUCUGGUGUCAGCCAGGCAAGUGACGUGGCCACCCAACUUAGAUGACUGAGAUUAGAAGGGCCUCAGUGCUGGGGACAAUGGCCUUUGAGAGAUGUUGACAUUAUUCACUUACUCUUCCAAUGAAUUUGGAGGAUUUGCAAAGGCAGUAUUUUUUAGUAGUAUUUUUUCCAGUGCAAUGAGAUGCCUGCUGUAGAUAGUCCCGAACUCAGAGACAUAAAAGAGUGCAGAGAUCACUGCUGUCCAUUAGACCAUGAGAUGUAUGCCAGGUAUGAUAUCUUGAUCAUCAAAUACCAUUUUCCUCAAUUGACUAAGGUUGUCGGUGCAUUAAAGGUAUGGUGAGUUUCAUCAUUGGUGUCUGCCUUUAUGGAGGGACGGCUCUUGAGAUAAGGGAUGCGGUUUGCAUUCUCUAGUGUCUCAUUGUGAACCUUUAUUGUCAAUGGGCUGUGUGGUGCAGUGGCGGAAGGUUGAUAAAGGACCUUAGUCUUGAGCAUAAACUUAUCCUCUUGCAUGCUUUGGUCGAUGAUGUCUUGGAGUUUGGUGUCUGAGCAUGUGCAAGUGGAGUCAUUGUCUGCAUACUGCACCUCAACCACUGAGGUUUGGGCAACUUUGAUUCUGGAGUGUACUUAACUAAAAGUGGAUGAGAUGAUAGAACUUUAAAAAUUUCACCCAACCGAUCUUCAACUCUCUCACCUUUUGGUAUUUAACAGAAAUGGGACAUGUUGGUCAAUUAAAUAUUUUGAUUUAACUCUAGAGAGCCAUAUACUAAGUGCCUUAGGAGACCUGGCAUCUGAAGGACGAUGAGCAGUGAUUCAGGCUGAAUUUAAGUGAUGCACCCUGUUCCACCCUCCAAGCUUCUCAAUUCCAAACAAACUCUCUUCCAUUUAUAUCUCUUUCACCAAUCAGGAAUCAGUCUUGAAUCAGAGAUUGGAACUCUCCUUCAUCCUUCUCCAACCAGGGAUCAGUCCCAACUCCCAGUCCUCCUGGCGUCAGUGGCUAAAUCCCUUGGGUCUCAGACAUUUCCAGGUUUUGAGACAGGGUUUGGGACUAUACACUCAGUCUUUAACUCAUAUCUGCAUUGGCACUAACAGCUGCAGGACAUUUCCUCUGGCCAUGGCUACCUCUAUAAUUCUUCUUACCUAACUAAAAAACAAGCAUAUCAAGCCUAUGUAGACAGGAGCCCUGGAAAGUAAAACUUCCAAUACUGGAAAGUUAAAGCUCGCACUGUACGAGGAAAUCCAAGUUUCUAGGUUUGCUGAUGGAAACUCUGCCUCCCUUCUUUACCCCAACUCCAUCUAGGAAAAGGGGAAUUACUUUACAGCUAGGCCAUUCAGUGUGGAAUUAGAUAGCAGGACAAUCUUAGGGAGGCAAAUAGCCAAUUUCAUUUACUAUGUGCAUUACAUUUUCAGAUCUCAGAAUUAACUCUAGGAAGACUACCGUGAUGUAAGAGGAAAUAAUUAAUCGUUUACCAGUUUUGCCUCAUAGUUCAGCAGGAAUAACUAUGAAUUUGUAGAUACUUUAUCAGUUGCCCACGUGACACCUGAGCGAUGAUGGUUAUUAAACUAUCCUUAGCAUUAUUAAAAUGAAUCAGUUAUUACUCCAAAUAAUUUUGUGCGUGGGUGGGUUUUGUUUUAUACCUGAUGAACCAAAUGAGUGAAAUUAUUAAGCUUGCACAUCAUGUUCACUCUUUAUUUUAACCAAGCUAUAUGAGGUACGUUUUAAGCAGAAUGAACUUCCACAAACUUUUCAAACCUCUCUUAAUUUGAGUACUUUUUGAAAGCAACUUAUUAAUGUCACUAGAUUAACAGCACUAUAGGUAGCAAUUCCCAUUGCAUUAUGGAUGUUCUGCAUAUGUAGUUAUUCGUUUAUAAAUUUUUAACUUGCAAAUUUUACUUUUCUUUAAGGUAUUGUGAUGACUGUAUUAAGAAAUAGCAGGGGUAAUUUUAAUCCAACCAAUCCUUUGAAAAUUAGUGAGAUUGAGCGCAAUCCCAGUUUUACAUUUGGUUGACUUUACACUCCAUUAAAGUCAGUGGAGAGUAAUAUUGUGUGAGGUUUCUAAAUACUGUUUCUCCUAGGGUUGCCAACAGUCCUGUGUGUUAUAGGAUUUCCCAUAUCUGUAAGGAAAAUAGGCCGUCACUUGAAUCAGGAUGCCAACUUUCCCAUUAAACCAACGGAGAACAUGGAGGUGAGCUUAGGAAUUCUCAUGAAAGCCACAAUUUCUUGAAAGGAGGAAACGUUGAUAUCCCAACAUGGUUUACCCUGAAGCCCUGGUUAAGGGUAACCAGAAGGAGUGUUAUGGAGGCUGUGAUUGAAGAAUCAAGGUAACUGAGUUUUCCUUGAUUGUCUGCUGAGUCUUUUGGGCUGAGGUGCUCAGGGUUCAGCCAAAAUUAGGCCCAGGUGUUUGGAACCCAACCAAUGUUAAGCCAAGGUCCUUGGGGCUCAGCUGAUGGUGGGCCCUGAUGACAGCUGAUUAGGCCGGUCCACAGGGUCCAGUUGAUGUCAGGCCAGAGUCCUUAAGGUUGAGUCAAUGUCGGGUUUGGGUCCUCAAGGUCCAGCCUACGUCAGGCCUAUAUCCUUGGAGUCUACCCGAUGCUGAGCCUAGAUCUUUGGAGUUUAUCCAAUGCCAAGCAUGGAUCCUCAGACCAGCCCAGCUGCCUUUGAUCCUAGCUGCUCACUUGGAAGACAGCACUGAUGAGCAUAGGUCUUUCACUGUAUAACACAUGUACAGUAUGGAUGGGCACAGAAAUGUGACUGUAUAAUAUGGGACAUUACUGCUGUGUACAGGUCUAUUGGUGUUUCACAGGUGUACAGUACUGGUGGGUGCAGAUUUGUCAUUUAGCAACACCAACACGCAGUGCUGGUGGCUAUAGGAUUGUCACUGUAAUACUGGGGAACAUCACUAAUGGAUAGUGGUCCGUGACCCUACAACAUUGGGGUACGUGUGGGAGGGUAUCGGCCUCUUACUAGUUCUAACUGCAAUUUCAAAGUGCUCUUUUUAGAGAACUGGUACAGGCACAACUCACAUCCCUGCCCUGAUCUCCCUCCCAGAUUUCAACCUUGUGCUUAUGAACUGCAGGGGAUUCCAGAAAGGUCUGAUGUUGCAUGCACAGUACUGAAUCUUUGAGGCAGGUAAUAUGUUCAGUUACCUGACUGAAGAGAAAAAGGAAAUGUUUGCCUUCUGAGAGAAAGGUUGGAUGAGCUGACACUUCCUUUAAAAAAAACUUGGCUUUUAUAUAUUUUUACUGAAUCGCCUGAAAUAUUGUAUUUACAGCCUCCCUCCAAAUGUAAUAGCCUGCAGUGUGGGGACUGAAAUUAUUCCCAGAAAUGAUCAGUUUUCAGGAAUGGGUAACUGACAAAUUCUGUUUUAAUUUUUCUUUUUCUUUUUUCACUAAUUUAACAUCAUGUCACAUAAUGUCCAGUUAUAGGAGUCAGUGUUACCCAGCAGACUCUGUGCUGAUCCAAGACCUCUGUUAGACAGUGGAGCUUAUUGUGAUCUCAUUCACAAGCUCCACAUACAAUCUGUCCCUUAAUGUUGGCAACCCUAGUACCAACUCAUCCCCUGUGCUUCUCACCCAAUAAGUUAGGUUAAAAAUACCCCCAAAAAUUGUUUAACAUAUGUUGUGUAUUUGUAGUCUAUAUAUGUUAUGUACUUGUAGUGGUUUGUUGUAAUUAAGAAAUUGUUUUUAACUUGUUAAA